CUGUAUGUAUAGGUAGAUUUUGUUAGUGCUCGUGUCAAUAACAAGUAAAAACUCCUGUAUAAUGAUAUCAGUAUUCGCGUAGUUGGCAAUUGGGAGCAGGCACACAUACUAGUCAUAUUCGCAGUUGAACAAAGGAUCUAGAUAAUUAGUUGUGGACAAAAAUAGACGUCGCAGCCGGGCCCUGGGCCAGGUGACGUCAGCGCCAGGGCCGGCGGCGGGGCAAGACGGGCCCCGCCGCCAGUGCCGCGCGCGCCGUCCGCCUGGUCGCACGCCGCCGCCUCCGCACCAGCCGGCCAUCACCGCGCCACCUGCCUGCGCCUCCGCCACCCCGCACACCCUCCCCCGAUCUCGACACAUGCCCAUCUGACACAAUGGUUAGAAAAUAUGAAAGGAUGAGUGGACGUCAAUCUUGGAGCGAAGAAGAUAUGGCCAGGGCCGUGGCUGCCGUGGUGUCAGGUAAGAUGGGGUACAAGCUGGCCGCGAGGACAUUCCACAUCCCGCGGUCGACGCUGCAGAGGCGCGCCAGCAAAAUCAGGUACACACAACCGGACGAGCCGAAGCCCUUGAUGGGGCAUUACAGACGAGUCUUCACCGACAGCCAAGAGAAAGAUUUAGUAGGCUACAUCAAGAGCAUGGAAAAAUAUUUCAUGGGUGUCUCCCGCAGAGAUAUCAGAGAGCUAGCCUUCCAAUACGCUGAAGAUAACAACUUGAACCAUCCGUUCGAUGUGAACAGCAGAAUGGCGGGUGAAGACUGGGUGAGAAACUUCCUGAAGAGGAACCCGGAGUUGUUGGAGAAAUCGGAGAAGGAGCGAGAGAUGGAGCCGGUGAACUUCGACCAGUUCUAUCACUUCAUGUUCCAAGUGUCAUGACUGUGAGUCUCUUAGUCCAUAUUUCAAUUAGGGGAUAUACUCCGCAUUGUUGAAAAGUACAGAAAGUUGAUUGGAACAUGGAGGAAAUAAUAGUAAUAUAAUAUAGAUUUUCUUUACAUUGUAAAAGUAAGGGCAAAGCUCAAAUGUAACUAUUUAUAAUAAUUUUUAAUUUUAUUGAUCGAAAUCGAUCGAAAAAUAUUGAGAGACAUUAUAGCUCCGUAACCUGUUAAGUACUUAUUUACUUAUGUCGUCACAAAAUGUUAUAAAAUUUGUUAAUUACUGUUAAUAGUUUAAAACCUGUUGUAUAAAUAGUGUAAACGACUUGCUAAAAUUACGGGCUGUGAUAAUAGAAUUGGAGCACAUAUUUUUAUGGUUCAUAUCGACAUUGUCGUGUUAAUUUAUUACUAUAAAAUUAAAUAGUUGAGUUUAACUUAGCACAUGAAGUCCAAAGGUGAACAUACUCGUAUUAAAGUAUACAUUUUAGGCAAUAAAAACGUUUAGUUUUUUGUUGUCACUAACAAAAUAAGCACAUGUUUAUCUAAGAAUGCUUUUAAGAUAAAAGAACCGACAUUGCGAAGAUCAAUGAAAAGUAAAUUGUUCUUUUGUUGUACGUAUCUCUUUGAUAACUAUGUUGAUGAAUGUUCUAUGUUUUGAUGAAGAUCCUCACGAUAAAGUAGAUUAUGAUUAAAAUUCUAUAAUAGUACGUUAAAUCUUACAUUAUUGUUUAAGGUCUUAAAGGUGAGAUAAUAAACCAUUUUCCAGAACAGAUAAAAUUUAUUAAAAAAAUUAUAAAAUAAGAUGUUAUAAAGAUGAAAUGUGUUCGAAACGCCAGGAACACAAAAGGUGUCCAACACAUGACAUUGACAACGACCCUAUACUCCGACAAUGACACACUUUACGCCCAUGGUUCUGUCGUCUACGUCAACAAAAGUUCCUACAGAGGCCCGGAGAAGGUACCAUUGUCUUAGCUGAAAAUUCGAUUGUAUCGGUGAGGCACUCAAAACUGAACUUCAUAUUCAAGACAACAUAUUCAAGACAAUAUAAUAAUUUACUAUAUGUUUUUUAUCAUAUUUCUUAUCAGGCUAUAGUCGCCAAACUCUAUUUAUUUUUUUACAUUUAGCAUAAAUUUGUCUACGAUUAUGUUCACAUGAAACGGUUUGAAAUUAUAAAUACUACUACUGAAGCUACUUACUACUGACUCUAGGACAUGUAGGUAUAUAUUAAUUUGAAAUCAUAUAAAAUUUACACACAUCGUCUAGCUAUAUCUACUAAAAUCAUAAAGAACCUAUAUUUAUAUAUUUUUUAUAAAAAUCAGGCGCAAGAAAUAUACGUAAUGUUUUUUCGUCUGAGUAAGAAAUAAUUAUCGUAUGUGCAAGUUUUAUUAAGGGGUGUAGGAAUGAUAGGGAUGGGAAUAUUGAACAGGGAUAGAUGAGAAAUUAAUGUGAUACGGUGAACGGUGAUAUUAGUGGGAAAGGUUAAACAGUUAGAUUUUUAUUGGUACAUAAUGGUAAGUCGUUUAGAUUUUUUUUAAAUUCACAAUAUUAUUUUGUGGUCAAACUAAAAUACUUAUUUAAUUUUUUAAAAUUUGUUAUUAAUAUAUAAAUAUAUCCGUCUUGAAAAUCCUGAAUCGUAUUUAUAGCUCAAUUUUUUUUUAGUUUGACCAUUAAUAAAAAAAUCUUACUUACCUAAAAUAUUUUUGUUACCUGACUUAAUUUUUGAUCUCUUAAGUUAGUAGAUUAUAGAAGAAUAUUAUUUAUUUAGAUCAUGAUAAAUCGUUAAAUUAAAAUUGUUGUCAAGUUAACAUAUUUAAUAAAGAUGUAGUUAUACCAAAACGAUGUUAACAUUCUGAGAUUUAUUUCGUUUCCUAUAAAACCUGGCGUUUAAAAAAAUAUUUAGAUAUAAACUUAAAACAUAUUUACUUACACGAUCAUAAUAUCAUAAUAUUGAUUCUAUUUUAAAAUAUUUUACUAGAUCAGCCAAAGUAACUGUGAAUGUCUAUAUCCUGAAUAAACAUUAAAUAACUUUCUAAAUACAUAAUUGUUUAAUAAAGACAGAUAAAGAUAGAUUAUUACUUACUAUCCAGAUAUGAUUCUUUGUUUUCUUUAGUGUACUGUGCGUAGUGCAACUUUGCUAUUUACAUGUCACCAUCGAGUCGAUUCGAAGUGAGACGUAGCGAAAGUGAGAAGCAACAAACUUCGAAUCGACUCGAUAGUGAGAAGUGAAAUGCAAACUCGCACUGAGCCUUCUGAAAUAGUUGUAUUUCGCUCCAUUUUUUGAUAACAAUAGUUCCUGUGACUAUUAUCAUAACUAUUAUCGAAAUAGAAAUUAUUUAUCUUUCGUCGUAAAAUUGUAAACACUGUUAGUUUAUAAUACAACUAGCGAGAUUGUACGACAGUUUACAAUCACACGAGUUAGAUUAUGAACUGACAUAUUCCAUCGUUAAUUAUGUAAUUUCAUUAGAAUCUGUGAUUAAUAAAAGAAUUUGAAUUUC